AGCAUUUAAUCACGAGUAUUCAGAUAGCAUUGUUCUUGGCAAUCGUUCAUGGCUCGAUAGCCUAAGUUAUCGGUUCGCGGAAAUGGGAAGCUACGAAGUAGUGCGGUAGUGCCAGGAGGGCGGGUAGCCAAACGAAGUGUGACAGUGGAGUGGUAGUGCCGUGAUCAUUAUGAUACUGUUUAAAAUAUCUCCUCAAUGAUAGCUAUUUAUCUUCCCGACUUGCGUAAAAGGCGUAGUGGGGCCCUGUUCGCGGCAGAUAGGGAUAGGUACUGUCUGAAGCCGCGGCCGCUUCGGUAACAUUUCAAAAGAUGACUCCGAAGAUGGCCCUCGCUUUCUGCCUCGCGCUAGUGCUCGUUCUGGACUCGCUUCCCAACUUGGAAGCGGCGACAUCGUGCAAGGACGAGCAGAACAACGACGUGGAAUGGUCUUUCAUCUACAAGCUGCCCAAGAAGCCAAAGUCCAAGAAGUCCGAAUACACGCCGACGGGGGACGAGUACGUGUAUGUCGAUUCCAACACUCCAACCUCCACGUCCUACUGGACCCUGUCCCCGAAAUCCAUCUUCCAAGAUGGCAACCCCCUGGCCAACACAAUACUGCCGCUCACCUCAAAGACAAAGCCCAAGGACCUCGUGUUUGCGGUCUACAACGACCAGGUCCCAGCGUCCAAGGACCUCAACAGGACCAGCAACGGCCAUACCAAAGGACUCAUCGUGUUUGACGAGCAGACGGGCGUCUGGAUCGUCCACAGCGUGCCCAGGUUCCCGGAGCAGCUGCACUCCGGCCAGUACGUUUUCCCCGAGAACGCUCGUGAGAACGGACAGAGCAUACUCUGCGUCACUUUCCCCACCAGCCAGCUUGAGACCAUAGCCAACCACCUGCGGCUGCAGUACCCCAACAUCUACGACAGCUAUGCACCGGAGGAGAUGCUGAGUAGCCACCCGGCCCUGUCCCUGCUGCUGCAGAACAAGUUCAUCAGGACGCCUCCCUGGGUGCUCAUGGCCCCCCUCAAGGACGUCAAGAAGAACGCCUUCCUCAGCUUCGCCAAGCACGGGCGCCUGGACAAAGACGUGUAUUCCGACGUGGUUGCCAGCAGCCUGGAGACGAGUCUGCUGGCGUCGACGUGGCGCAACGGCCCCGGUGGUCGUCUGCCGGCUGAGUGCGACAAGCCGUUCACGGUGACCAACGUGGACGGCAUCCGGUUCCCGCUCGGGCGCACCAACCAGUCCCUGGCCUUCUCCAACACGGAGGACCAUAGCAAGUGGGCCAUCUCGAUGCAAGGGGCCAAGGGCUACGUCUGCAUCGGGUCCCUCAACCGCAUGAAAUCUCAGUUCCGCAGGGGCGGGGAGACCCUUUGCUUCCGGAGCCCCGUGAUCUAUAAGCUCCUGUAUAGGACUGUGACGUCUGUCGACGAAUGCCCCGACGCGUGACUCCGACGUGCCAUCCUCACGAGCUAUCUCCACUCACCGCUUACGACGACGCCCGUACCAUCUCGAAGAUGACUUCGGACCACUUGACGUGCCUUCGCAACGACCGGCGACUUCAGAAGUCGAUUCUGUUUCCUACAGUCACAACUUGCUGAUCAAAUCGGCCAAAGAACAAGCUAAAAAGAAUGCCAAGAACUGUUAGAUUGUUUUAGUUCGAGAGGUCCCAAUGCAUUUCAGUUUGCAAAAGGAUGCAAUGAAUUGGUGCCUGGCAGUUGAUGAUCAACACACUUCAGCGUUGGCAGAUGUAGAAGCUCUUACGUUCGUUAUAUUGCUGCGGACGAGAAAAGAUUGUGCCAAAACUAUUUUUGUAGAACCGUUUAUUUUUUCUGUCUUGUUUCUGUUACACUGGUGUAUUUUGCUUUUUUUUUUUUCCAAGCCAGAAAAUACUUUGUUAUAUGGAAUUGAGAACCAUUCCACGCUGUUUAUGUAUAUGACAGCCUUGAAUUUUACCAGCUUUUAUAUUUUCUCCUCAACUUCUUAGAAGUGUACGAGCAAACAAAUGUGAAAAACUCUUUAGUGCGAUUCCCAUGUACAAUUUGAAGAUACUAUACAUCCUGAGAUACAUUAAAGCAUGAUUACCCCAAA